UUUUUAAAGUUUCUUGUUUUGUUGUUUUCUAAUUUAUAAUUUUCAUGAAAUAUAUUUUUAUAUAUAUAUAUCUUCAAGUUCGUUUAUCCUUUGAGUCAGCUCUAAUAGGAAAGAAGCAUCCAUUAGCUCAGAUAAAGAGGUUGUUACUUUGUCUUAACGUCCAAGUUUAGUGGCAUUUUUCGAGAUCUCUACGUACAAGAUAUACGUAUUUUUUUUUGCAUCCUUUAGCAACAUGUUGUCAAAGUCCAGUACUUCAAGACUCUUAUUGAGGUCUAAACCUACACAUUAUCAAAGAUAUUUCCAUUCAUCUCCAUACUCUCUUGAUGCUGUGGUUGUGUCUGGUACCAAGUUGGCCAAAACUAUUAGAAGCCAAGUGGCCGAAAGAGUCAUACAAUAUAAUCAAGCUCAUUACGAGGAGUUUGCUCAUCUCAAUCAAAUCAACUUUGAAAACUUGAAGUUCAAACCAAAUUUAACUAUUAUUCAAGUUGGAGGAAGACCAGAUUCAUCAGCAUAUGUUAGAUCCAAAUUAAAAGCUGCUCAAUCAUCCAAUAUUCAAUCAAAAUUAAUAAAAUUUGAUGAUGACAUCUCUCAAGAAGCAUUAUUAGAAGAAAUAGAGAGAUUAAAUAAGGAUCCAAAAGUUAAUGGGUUAUUAAUCCAAUUACCAUUACCAAAGCAUAUUGAUGAAACCUUAAUCACCAAUUCCGUUACCACCGAAAAGGAUGUUGAUGGAUUUGAUCGUUAUAAUGUUGGUGAAUUAUCUAAAAGAGGGGGAAAUCCAAUCUUUAAACCAUGUACUCCAAAUGGUGUUAUAGAAUUAAUUAAAACUACUGGUGUAAAGUUACGUGGUAAGAAUGCAGUUGUUAUCGGUAGAUCUGAUAUUGUUGGUACUCCAGUUUCUGCUAUGUUAAAAAAUGAAGAUUGUACUGUUACUAUGUGUCAUCGUCAUACUAGCAACUUACCUGAAGUAGUCAAGAAUGCCGAUAUUGUGGUUGCUGCUGUUGGAAUUCCAGAAUAUGUCAAAGCUGAUUGGAUUAAAGAAGGUGCUAUUGUGAUUGAUGUUGGUAUCAAUUAUAAAGAUGAUCCAGAAGCUAAGAAUGGUAAGAAAUUAGUCGGUGAUGUCGAUUAUGAACCUGUUUCCAAAGUUGCUGGAUUUGUCACCCCAGUCCCAGGUGGAGUUGGUCCAAUGACUGUAGCCAUGCUUUGUUCAAAUGUUUAUGAUGCUGCUAUUUUACAAGCCAAAAAGGCUCAUGAACAUGCUUUCAAACCAUUACCUUUGGAUUUGAUAACUCCAGUUCCUUCUGAUAUCGCUAUUUCAAGAGCUCAAAAACCAAAAAAGAUAACUAGAAUUGCCCAAGAAUUAGGUUUAUUAGAAAGAGAAUUGGAACCAUAUGGUCAUUUCAAAGCUAAAGUUGAUACCAAAGCUAUCAUUGAAAGAUUAGAUGAACAAGUUGAAGGUUCAACUGAAGAUAAUGGUCAUUACGUUUUAGUUGCUGGUAUUACUCCAACCCCAUUAGGUGAAGGUAAAUCCACUACUACUAUGGGAUUAACCCAAGCUUUAGGUGCUCAUUUAGGUUAUAAUGCCAUUGCUAAUGUUAGACAACCUUCAAUGGGUCCAACUUUUGGUGUUAAGGGUGGUGCUGCUGGUGGUGGUUACUCUCAAGUUAUUCCUAUGGAUGAAUUCAAUAUGCAUUUAACUGGUGAUAUUCAUGCUAUUUCUGCAGCUCAAAAUUUAUUAUGUGCUGCUGUUGAUACUAGAAUGUUCCAUGAGUCAACUUCUAAAUCCAUUAGUGGAUUUUAUAAGAGAUUAGUACCAGCUAAAAAGGGUGUCAGAAGUUUCACUCCAUCUAUGGCCAAGAGAUUGGAAAAGCUUGGUAUCAAUAAAUCAAACCCAGAUGAAUUAACCGAAGAAGAAGUUGUUCAAUUUGCUAAAUUAGAUAUCGAUCCAAACUCAAUUACUAUCAAGAGAGUUGUUGAUUGUAAUGAUAGAUUUGUUCGUGAAAUAACUGUUGGUGAAGGUAAAAAUGAAGCCAGUAAAUUUCCUCCACGUAAAUCAGGUAUGGAUAUCACGGUUGCUUCUGAGUUAAUGGCCAUUUUAGCUUUAUCUACUUCAUUAAAGGAUUUAAGACAAAGAGUUGGUAAAGUUGUUGUUGGUACUCAAAGGGAAACUGGUGUUGCUAUUACUGCUGAAGAUAUUGGAUGUGCUGGUGCUAUAACAGCCUUAUUAAAGGAUGCUAUAAAACCAAACUUGAUGCAAACUUUAGAAGGUACUCCAGUUUUCGUCCAUGCUGGUCCAUUCGCUAAUAUUUCUAUCGGUGCUUCAUCUGUCAUUGCUGAUAAAAUUGCUUUGAAAUUAACCUCUCCAUCAAAUCCAAUUAACAGUGGUAAGAAAGGUUUUGUUGUCACUGAAGCUGGUUUUGAUUUUACUAUGGGUGGUGAAAGAUUCUUUAAUAUCAAAUGUAGAAAUUCCGGUUUCAAGCCUGAUACUGUUGUCUUAGUUGCUACUUCUAGAGCUUUGAAAUUACACGGUGGUGCUCCAGAUGUUAAACCUGGUCAAGCUUUACCAAAGGAAUAUGUUACUGAAAACUUGGAAUUCUUAUCUAAGGGUUGUGCCAAUUUGAGAAAACAAAUUAGUAACAUCAAACAAUAUAAUGUACCUGUUGUUGUUGCUAUUAAUCAAUUUGAAACCGAUACUGACGCUGAAUUAAAAUUAAUUCAAGAAGAAGCCAUCAAAGCAGGAGCUAAUUUUGCUGUUCCAUCAAAUCAUUGGGCUCAAGGUGGUGCUGGUGCUUUCGAAUUAGCAAAGAGUGUCGUAAAGGCUGUUAAAACUGAAGAAGCUUCUCAACCAUUGAAAUUCUUAUACGAUGUCAAUUCAUCAGUUGAAGAUAAGAUUUUAACUAUUGCUCAACAAAUGUAUGGUGCUGCUGAUAUUGAAUUAUCUCCGUUAGCAAAACAACAAAUUGAAACUUAUACCAGACAAGGAUAUGACAAAUUACCAAUUUGUAUCGCCAAGACUCAAUAUUCAUUAUCUCACGACCCAAGUUUGAAAGGUGUUCCAACUGGAUUCACAGUUCCAAUUAGAGAAGUGAGAUGUUCUGCCGGUGCUGGUUACUUAUAUGCUCUUGCUGCUGAAAUCAUGACCAUUCCAGGUUUACCUACACAUGCUGGUUUCAUGAACGUCGAAGUUAACGAUGAUGGUGAAAUCGAAGGUCUCUUCUAAGCUCUUCUAAGAAGUUGAUCAACUUAUAUAUAGAUAUAUUCAGUCAUAAUUUGUAUACUAGGAUUUAU